AUGUCGUCAUCAUCAAAGCGAUAUUCUCCUAAUAAUAAUUAUGAUGAUAAUUUAUUUGAAGAUUUAGAUAAUUCAUUAGACAAAGCAUUAAAUAAUGCAACCAAUAAAUUAUUCAUUAAUAAUCAAAAUCUGCUAUCAAAUGAUCUGUUAUUUUCAAGAAGUAGAAAUAAUUCAUUUAAUUCAAUAAGUAAUAAUAGUAAUAAUUCAGCAAUUCCUUUAAGAACGCUACAUUCAAAUCAAGAAGAAAAUGAUUCCUUAUUAUUAGGUAGUGAUAAUAACAGAUUCUCAAUAAACUCAUCAAAUACUUCAUUAGACCAAUAUCCAAAUAAUUCCGUAUCAUCAAAAUUCAAAAAUUUAUACAAGAAAUUUAUACUACAGUUUAAUAUUGCCAAAAGAGAAUUAAAUCAAGAUAGAUUAAAAGAAUCCGGAGCAUCAGAUUUUAGAAUAAAUAAUUUAAGUAAUGAAAGGUAUAUAUCAGCAAAAACUACAAAUCAAAGAGCCAAUAAUAUUUAUCCAACAAAUUCAAUAUCAAAUGCGAAAUAUAAUCCGAUAACAUUCAUACCAUUAAUUUUAUAUGAGCAGUUUAAGUUUUUUUUCAAUUUGUAUUUUUUAAUUGUUGCAUUAUCACAGAUUGUUCCACAAUUAAGAAUUGGUUAUCUAUCCUCAUAUAUUGUACCUUUAGCGUUUGUUUUAACAGUGACGAUGUUAAAAGAAGCGGGUGAUGAUAUAAGUAGAAGAAGAAGAGAUUCAGAACAGAACUCCGAAAAAUAUGAAGUGUUGAAUAGAAUUUCUUCAACAACGUUAAUACCCGAACCAAAACUAGUAUCAUCAAAAGAUUUAAGAGUUGGAGAUUUAGUAAGAUUACAUAAAGAUGUAAGAAUACCCGCAGAUUUAGUACUAUUACAAUCAACAGAAAAGACUGGUGAAGUAUUUAUCAAAACUGAUCAAUUAGAUGGUGAAACUGAUUGGAAAUUGAGAGUGGCUCCAAGUGUAACUCAAAAUUUGACUAGCACAAAUCAAUUAAUAAAUUCCGUAACGAUAAUUGUUGGAAAUCCAACAAAAUCAAUUCAUUCUUUUAACGGACAAUUAGUUUAUAAUCCCCCAACUUCAAAUGGAACUACCUCACCAUCUAAUGCAGAAACAUAUCCAUUAACUGUUGAUCAAACACUAUGGGCAAAUACCGUAUUAGCUUCCGGUGGAGCAAUUGGUAUGGUAAUAUAUACAGGUGUUGAAACAAGGCAACUGAUGAAUACUACAAAAAGUGGAGUUAAAACUGGUUUACUUGAAAUUGAAAUAAACAGUUUAUCGAAAAUUUUGUGUGCGGUUGUAUUAGCACUUUCAGUUGUAUUAGUACUAGCUCAUGGUUUCCCAUUAGGUAAAAUUUGGUAUCUUGACAUAAUGAGAUUUUUAAUUUUAUUUUCCACAAUUAUUCCAGUCUCAUUAAGAGUAAAUUUAGAUUUAGCAAAAUCCGUUUAUGCAUCACAAAUUCAAAAUGAUGAAGCCAUACCUGGAACUAUUGUUAGAACUUCAACGAUUCCUGAAGAUUUAGGUAGAGUUGAAUAUUUAUUAAGUGAUAAAACUGGUACUUUAACAAGAAAUGAAAUGGAAUUAAAAAAAUUACACUUAGGUGCAGUAAGUUAUGCAGGUGAUACCUUAGAUAUUGUCAGUGAUUAUGUUAAUAAUCUCCUAGGUUAUAUAAAUUCUCCACAGUUUACACUGAAAAAGAAAGAUUUAAGUGCAAAAGUGUGUGAUUUGGUAUUGACUUUAGCACUUUGUCAUAAUGUUACACCAGUCUAUGACGAUGAAGAUUUUGAUAACUCUGGGGAAGUAACUUAUCAAGCUGCAUCACCAGAUGAAAUAGCUAUAGUCAAAUUUUGUGAAACUGUUGGAUUAAAACUUUACAAAAGAGAUAGACAUUCAAUAUCAUUGAUGCAUUUACAUACUGGUAAAAUAUUAGAUUUUGAAAUACUUUAUAAUUUUCCAUUCAGUUCAGAAACUAAGAGAAUGGGUAUACUACUCAAGAGUAAAUUCAAAGAUAAACAAAUUUGGUUUUUAGAAAAGGGAGCAGAUACGGUAAUGUCUGCCAUAGUAAAUUCAAAUGAUUGGUUAGAUGAGGAAACUGGUAAUAUGGCAAGAGAAGGUUUAAGAACUUUAGUUAUAGGUAAGAAAUCGUUAUCAGAAAACUCAUAUCAAAAUUUCGUUGAAAAUUAUAAAGAAGCUUCAUUAUCAAUGCAAGAUAGAGAUUAUACAAUGCAAAAUGUCAUAAAUUAUUAUCUUGAACAAGAUUUAGAAUUAUUGGGAUUAACUGGUGUUGAAGAUAAAUUACAACAUGAUGUUAAAUCAUCAAUUGAAUUGUUACGAAAUGCAGGGAUAAAAAUCUGGAUGUUGACUGGUGAUAAAGUCGAAACCGCGAAAUGUGUUUCCAUUAGUGCAAGAUUAAUUUCAAGAGGUCAAUAUGUGCAUCAAAUCACAAAGUCGGUUGACCCAGAUUCAGCAAUGGAUCAAAUGGAAUAUCUAAGAACUAAUACAAAUUCUUGUUUAUUAAUUGAUGGUGAAUCUUUAGGAACUUACAUGAAAUAUUAUAGUCAAGAAUUUUUUGAAAUUGCUAUGAAAUUACCAGCUGUUAUUGCGUGUCGUUGUUCACCUCAACAAAAAGCUGAUGUUGCAGUUAAAAUUAAAGAAAUUACUGGUAAAAGAGUCUGUUGUAUUGGAGAUGGUGGUAACGAUGUUAGUAUGAUUCAAUCAGCCGAUGUAGGUGUUGGUAUAGUCGGGAAAGAAGGUAAACAAGCUUCAUUAGCUGCAGAUUUUAGUGUUGAUCAAUUUUGUUAUUUAACUAAAUUACUAUUGUGGCACGGGAGAAAUUCUUACAAAAGAUCAGCGAAAUUAGGUCAAUUUAUUAUUCAUCGUGGUUUAUUAAUUUCAGUUGCACAAACGGUUUACUCUAUUAGUUCAAAAUUUGAACCAAUAGCAUUAUAUCAAGGUUGGUUAAUGGUUGGUUAUUCUACAUUAUACACAAUGGCACCCGUAUUCUCCUUAACAUUAGAUUGUGAUAUUGAUGAACAUUUGACAAAAGUAUAUCCUGAAUUAUAUAAAGAAUUAACAUUAGGUAAAUCUUUAUCAUACAAGACUUUUUUCAUGUGGGUAUUUAUCAGCUUAUAUCAAGGUUGUGUUAUACAAAUCAUAUCCCAAUUUUUGCAAGGUUUACAAGAAUCAAAAUUUAAGUCAAUGGUAAGUUUAUCAUUUUCAUGUUUAGUUUACAAUGAAUUAUUUAUGGUUGCUUUAUCGAUAAAUAAAUGGAACAAGAUUAUGAUUGCAACUAUAGUUCUAACAUUCUUAUGUUAUAUUGGAUCAAUACCGUUUUUGGGUGAUUACUUUAAUUUUGAAUACAUUACAUCAGUAGCAUACAUUUGGCAAACUUUAUUAAUUAUGUUAGUCAGUUUAUUCCCAGUUUGGUUAGUUCAAUACUUAAAUAGAAGAUUAAGACCUCCGAAUUAUGCAAAAGUUCAACAAGAUUGA